GUUAGACUCUGUAUCAAAGUUGUAGGGAGGACGGUGGAGCAGAGCCGCAUCUGUCCUGUCAACAUUUUUGAAAGAUGCAGUUCAACGAUAGUCACUAAAAUGGCAGCCCACACCUUCUCGGUUAUAGAGAAGUGGUUCAUUGUUUCACUCUUCAUCAGCUUGGCAUUGGCGGUUUUUGUCACCAACAAGGACCUGAGAAAAGUUCCCUGUGUUGUGGAUGUUAACGCUACAGCUGGCUCUAUAGUUUUUAACUGCUCAAGACGCGGCCUGAGGAAAAUACCAGAUGGGAUCUACAAAAAUGUGACUUCAUUAUGCUUAGCAGACAACAGCAUAAGGAAUGUAUCCGUGGACCGCUUCAGUGAUUUCCACAACCUGACAAAUCUGGACCUAAACAGGAUGAGCAAGAAUAUAAAUCUGACCAAUGGUGUUUUACAAAAUCUGACACGUUUAAAAGAGUUGUGGCUUUCAGGUACUGGUCUUCACAACGUGCCUAAACAACUCCCAUCAGGUUUGAGUCUUAUUGUUUUGGAUGAAAAUAAAAUCAUAUCUCUCAACGACAGCAGCUUCUCGGAUAUAAAAAACGUGACUGUAAUUUCCCUGUCCAAAAACUGUUACAGUGGAAAUGAAUGUAAAAAAACAUUCAGCGUUACAGAAAAAACCUUCUCAAACUUGUCGCAUCUUGAAAUUCUGAUCCUGUCCUACAACAACAUAACCAAAGUUCCACGAGGCUUACCUGAUUCUCUCAUAGAGCUUGAUCUAGCUGCAAACGUAAUGGAAUCCAUUUUCAAAGAUGAUUUCAGCAACUUGGUGAACUUGCAAUUUUUAAGGAUUCAAGGAAACUGUCCACUAUGCAAAAAUGCGCCAUAUCCAUGUGUACCGUGUAAAAAUGGGUCCAUUGAAAUUCAUCCACUAGCAUUUGCCAGUCUUUCCAAGCUACAAGUGUUACAACUAGCAGGAAACUCCCUCCAAACCAUAAACAGCUGUUGGUUUAAAAACCUGAGUAAUCUGACAGAUCUUUUCCUGUCAUACAACUAUCUGUCAAGUGCAAUUGCUGAUGGAAGUUUUCUGGUGAACUUACCUCACCUGGAGAGACUAGAUUUGUCAUACAACUUUGAUUUAUUGGCUUACCCCGAAACAUUGAAUCUGUCAGAGCAUUUUUCAAAACUGGUGUCCCUCCAGACUCUACAUAUUGAAGCUUAUGUGUUUAAAGAAAUAAUGGAGGACACAUUUAAACCACUGCAGAAUUUAAGAAAUCUUUAUGUUUUGAACUUGGGGGUAAAUUUCAUUGUGCAUUCAAAUCCCAAUGCAUUCAAACACUUGCCGAAGUUGAAACUUUUGUAUCUCUCAGAAAAUAGGCUCUAUCCUGUAACUGUAAACAGAAACUCUGCAUCAAAUGCUGCUGAAUCAUCAAAUAGUCCAGUAAAAGGAAAUUUCAUUAAAGAAAAAGGCUUUGUUUAUGAACUUGCACGUCACUUUAUUAAGCCUGAAUGUUUCAAUACAGGCAGAGUGCUGGAUCUUAGCAGGAACAAUCUUUUCUUUAUCUCACAAAAGCAAUUUGAAGGUUUUGAUAGUAAUAUCCUCUGCCUCAAUCUCUCAAGAAACGGCUUUUCAGCAGCUCCUAACGGAACUGAGUUUACCACACUCCCAAACCUGACUUACUUGGAUUUGUCAUAUAAUAAGGUUGACUUAGCAUAUGACUUUGCAUUCUCUGAUCUGAAGCGCCUGGAGGUUUUGGACCUCAGUUACAACAAUCAUUAUUUUACAGUGGCUGGAGUGACACAUAAUUUCAACUUUUUAGAAAAUCUUCCAGCUUUGAGGGUUCUGAAUCUCAGCAGCAAUUCCAUCUUCACUUUGACAACCAAACACAUGAACAGCACUUCUCUAAGUGAGUUGCAAUUCUGUCACAACCAACUUGGUCGCAUGUGGAAAACGGACGAUGCCUCCUAUCACGAGUUAUUUACAAAUCUUGUGAAUUUGACUUACCUUGACAUAUCAUACAAUGACAUCCGAAAAAUACCCUCUAAGGUUUUCACAAGCUUGCCACAUCAGAUAAGAAAACUAUCUGUAAGCCAUAACAGCCUCACUGACUUCCCGUGGAGUAAAUUAAGCUACCUGCAAUAUCUUGAAGAGCUCGACAUGAGCCAUAAUGGCCUGUCCACAGUCUUUUCGAAUCUGUCAGCAAACACAAAAUCUUUGACAGUGCUUGACCUGAGUUUCAACAGGAUAUCUAAACUGUCAGAUGGGUUCAUACAUGGUACCAAAAGUCUUCGAUGGCUAAAUCUAAGUAAAAACAAGCUCAGUAUGAUCAAUAUGUUAACUUUCCCCUCUGGACCAGACACCUAUUUGAAAACUCUGCUAUUGCAAGGAAAUCCCUUUCACUGCACAUGUGAUUUGAUCGAUUUCAUUUUGUGGAUAGAAAAGAGCGAUAUCAGCAUCCCCAGACUUGCUACCAGUGUAGCGUGUGGCAUGCCAGAGGAAAGGAGAGGCCAUCCAGUCAUACUCUUUGACAUAGCCGAAUGCAACAAUGACAGCCUGGCGUUCCUGUACUAUUCAUUGUCUACUCUCCUUAUUCUUCUCACUUCAUUCAUUGCUACCACUAUGCAUCUGUUUUAUUGGGAUGCUUCGUAUGUUCUCUUCUACAUUAAGGCCAAACUUAAGGGCUAUCAUUCACUGAAAUCAUCUGAUAGUAUCUAUGAUGCCUUUGUUUCAUAUGACACCAGGGACCCUCAAGUCUCAGAGUGGGUGCUCAACCACCUCACUGUCCAACUGGAGGAGACGGGUGACAAACUCUCACCUCUCUGUCUAGAGGAGCGAGACUGGACCCCCGGAGUGCCCGUUCUGGACAACUUAACGCAAAGCAUCUAUCAAAGCCGCAAGACCGUGUUUGUGCUGACCGAGUCUUACGUGAGGAGCGGGAACUUCAGGAUGGCCGUGUACCUGGCGCACCAGAGACUGCUGGACGACAACGUGGACGUGAUCGUGCUGCUGCUGCUGGAGCCGGUGCUGCAGAAUUCCCACUUCCUGCGCCUCCGCAGGAGACUGGGCGACAGGAGCGUCUUGGAAUGGCCAAAGACUCCCUGUGCUGAGCCCUGGUUCUGGCAGUGCCUCAGGAAUGCCAUUCAUGUGGAUAACCAAGUGAUGUACAACAAGGUCUAUGCUCGUUACUUCUGUGACAAAGACAAUAAAAUUGGUUGGAAUAAGUCAUAACUGAAAAAAAGUGAGAGACAUAACAAUGAACCAUAAUAUGAAAGUUUGUAUAUUCUACUUUUAAAAAUAUUCCCUUUAAGUCUUAAAAUAACCGUUCUUUUUAACUUUGUCAAACUUGCAUGAAUAUUUGUACAUGUCUGCGCAUAAUAUGUUUCUCUGUAUAUGUGUGUGUGUGUGUGUGUGUGUGUGUGUGAGUGAUGCUCAAAGUAAUCAUCCUCAUACUCAACAAUUCUAAUAAAUUAAAUACUCCAA